AUGUGCCUUGUCAUCCUGGGCUCAAUAUGCACCGAGCAGCUUGGCAGACGACCUAGGCGCAUCUUUUUCUCCUCGCCGCAACUUCGCUCAGCUCCGCGCAAUGCACUAGCACACAGCCGGUACACCUAUGCUGCAGAGGAGUCGCACCUUGGUCGACUAAUUCGGCUGUAUGGGGCGGCAUAUGUGGAGUAUUUCCCGAAGACCCGGAAACCAUCAUGGGUGGAGGUUGCAUACAAACUUUUCCAUGCCCUGUCCCUGGCACUACCGAAGUGUGCUGCUCAAGCGUCUCCCCCUGCGGAAGCGGUGGUUUGGGGAAUAACUGCUUCAUUGUUUGAACAAGCGUCAUUGGAGACGCUUUCCAGAGCAGAACGGAAGUAUCAACACAAUUAUGGCCUUCAGUCAAGCAGUAUCUGUAUUGUUGGGUUAUAUAAGCUCGAGUAUUAA